AAAAAAGUGCACUCCCAUCCAGACACAACCAAACCGAGUCCUGGACGACUCUCUGUCUCAUCUCGCCCCAGACAGUGCGUCCCCGCCAUGGUUGAUUCGGAUUACGACGAAGCCGAGUUCGAGCUCUUCAAGGAGCCCGACAACUUUCGCCCAGCGACACCUGAGCCAACAUUCCAGAUCGUCGAGCGGGAACCCGAGGUGGUCGAGCCAGGAUCCGUUUCGUCGUUCAAGAUUCGCCUGGUUGCCCAGCACAGUCUCUGGGCCCAUUGCCUAUGGAACGCCGGAGUGUGUUUGGCCCGGCACAUUGACAGGAACAGAUCCCUUGUCAGGGGCAAGUGCAUACUGGAACUUGGUGCUGCAGCGGGCUUGCCUUCGCUCACCGCCGCCCUCGUCGGUGCUCAGAAGGUGUUGAUGACAGACUAUCCCGAGCCUGUCCUCAUCGACAAUAUGCGCUUCAACGCCAAAGAAAACCUCCCUGACGCUACCCACAACGGCGUCAUUGGCUGCCAGGGCUUCCUUUGGGGCGCUGAUCCCUUUCCGCUGCUGGACUGGCUCAAGUUCUCCAACGCGGGCCCGGAGCACGGCGCCAGAAAGUAUGAUCUGAUCUUCUUGGCCGACCUGAUAUUCAAUCACACCGAACAUCGCCGAAUGCUCAAGACCAUUGACGAGUGUCUUACCGAUGAAGGCGAGGCGAUUGUCAUCUUCAGCCAUCACCGACCCUGGUUGAAGGCGCGAGACAUGAAGUUCUUUGAGAUCGCCUCGGCUCCGCGCCUCUCGUUGCCUGACGCACCCAAUGGCAUCCCUGACGAUGGAGGCAGCGAUGACGAUGGCGCGGAGACGGAUGGAUUCGGCUUCCGCUGUGAGCACAUGUGGGACGAGCGGAUGCCAGCCAUGUUCCCGACCGACCCUGGAGACGAAGCCGAGCGAAGCACGGUCCAUUGCUGGAGGAUCACCCGUCGCUAAGGCGGCGCUGUCCAUGGCUCGGCAUCUUUGUCGAUGCCGCAUUUCAAAUACAGACCGGCCAACGCCCAGGCCGCUCGGCUCCAUGACAAA